GAAUCAUUUUACCUAAGGUUUUGCUAGUUAUUUUGGAAGCCCGCGUUUACCGUCAAACCGUCAAAAAUUUCUCCGCGAGUACUUCUUUCCGGCUUUCGGUGCAAGAGGAAAACAGCCGGUCGGAGUUUAACAACUGGUAAGUUCCGAUGCUGCUCGGUAGAAUUUCUAGGUAGAUUUUCACGGUAGCGUUUUUUGGUGGGUAGUUUGGUGCAAGAGAAUUUAGGUAAAAUCGGAAUUUACCUAGGUAAGUAGUUUGGUGCAAGAGGCCUCUGAUGGAACAAUUAUUCAGCAUUUGCUACUGAGCUAAUUGCUUUUUAUCCAAAAGCGUUCAGAGUAUCCUUCAGAUAAUCUUUGUCGUUUGGUGGAGACUAACGUAGAGUCAAGCCUUAGAACGCUGUUACGAGUGGCGAUUCGAAGCCUAUUCAAACCGAUUUGCACUUCAACUUGCGAGCUGCACCGCUCGGGAUGAGGUAACUUCGGACGGGUCGGUGAGGGGGCUGCCAGUGGCGGCGGCGGUCGUCCGCAGCUACGACCAUGCUGUCGGUGCGCCUGGUGACGGCCGACCACUGCCAGGCCGAGCCGGCCGCCGGCUGGGACGUCUGCUACUCCGAGUUUCGCGGCCGGCACGCCACCACGGCGCCCGUGAUCCGCGUGUUCGGAGCCACCGCCGACGGCACCAAGGCCUGUGUGCAUGUGCACGGCGUGCUACCCUACCUGUACGUGCCGUUCGAUGGGAGCGGCACGGCGGCCACGGCGGCCUACCAGCUGGCCGCCGGCCUCGACCGCGCUUUGGCGCUGUCCUCCGGCGCUGGGGGACGCCAAACAAACGCGCUGCAUGUGCACAAGGUGGUGCUGGUUGCUGGAAUACCUUUUUAUGGAUACCACAAGAAGAGUCACCUGUUCUUCAAGAUCUUCCUAUACAACCCAAGGAUGGUGUCCAAGGCAGCUGAGCUGUUGCAGAGUGGAGCUGUGCUUCACCGGUCAUACCAACCACACGAAGUACACAUUCCAUACCUGCUCCAGUUCUUUAUCGACUUCAACCUGCAGGGCAUGAACAUGAUGCACGUGUCCUCCUACAAGGUUCGCGCACAGUCCGGUACGGACAGUUCGGAGAGUUCUGGUCUGCAGCCGGUCAGCUCAUGCCCGCUGGAGAUUGACGUCCACGCCGCACACAUCUUGAACAGGACUCGGACAGGGACAGACGCAGGUAGUGGCAACCCAGGUCUCGCGGCCAUCUGGCAAGAGGAGCGGGCGCGUCGGCGGCAGUUGGGUGACGGCCGGGACUCCCAGCCGACGCCGGAGCCACAGGAUAGCCGACCGGCUCCUCGCCAGUCUACGGAGAUAGCGGCGCUCGCUGCUCUGGCGGCUCGGCUCUCCGAACAGUCCCAGUCUCAGCUGGAGUUGUCGUCAUCUGAGCAGGCGUCGCAGUUGGACGCCACGCUGCCAGCCGAGUGUGCCGACGACUCUGUCUGUCCGCCGGCCUGCUCUCUCGGCCUUCCCGAGCUCAGCCAGGUGGCCAGUGUCUCUCCUGUGGCACCUGGUCGGCCGCCGGAUCGAGGCUCACCGCCACCGGGCACAGACGUGGACGAACAGCUCGUGCUGGAGCUGUCACAGCGUGCUGACUCGUCCGUGCGGCUGGACUCUCAGGACGAUUCGCUGGCGGCGGCUCUGCUGUGUCUGCUGUCUCCCGGCGGCGAGGAACGCCAUUCUUCAGAGGAACAGCGGGAACAGGACGCUCAAGACGCCGCUGACGAGCUGGAGAUGUCGCAGGUGGUGUGGUCCCAGCACGAUGAGCGUCACCACAGCCCGACCAUGCAGCCAACACGGUCGAGAGAAAAUUCAGAUUCGCUCUGCGAUGACGUUGAAGGUGGCAGAUCGUCAGACGGCCUAGUCGGCAAUCAUUCACCCGUUAGCGCUGGGGGAGAGAAAACGGGACUGAACACUCCUGGAGCCAAUACGGUGCCUUCGAAUGCCUCAGAUGUACCGGCGGAAAGCCACCGCAGAUCAGAGGAGUCAGGAAAAGAUUCCCCGCCACCAGUAACUGAAGGCCGAGAGACGACCUGGCGGCUUCCGCAGCUGGACGGAGCAGGUGAUGAGGAACCGCCACCGGAGUCGAGACGCGUCUGGCGCCUGGGGACCACAGGGCGGCGCUGGGCAUCUUCUUCCUCUGGCGUUGGUGGCGCCUUCAAGCCGGUGGUGGAGACGGGCGCACCAAGUGGAGUCGCUGGUCCAGCGGGUGACGGACUCGGCGGGGAGGACGCUCCGCAGGACCGAUGGGACGGAGAUGGUGUGCGAACUGGGAAGACGAGCUUAUUGGUGAAGGGUUCGAGUGAAAAGGCAGGCCGUGAAGCUGUCCGAUUGGUGGAUGAUGACCUUGCGACGAGGGAAAAUGCGGCUUCCGGCACUCGGGAGAGCACUCUGAUAGAGGGAUGUGCGACGGCUAUGAUCAGCGGCGAUAAAUUAAUCCUAGAAGAUGUCGUUGGCGACGUUUCAGUGGCGACAAGAGCUAAUGACAGGGCCAUGGUGAAAAAUGUGUUGGUGGACCGCACAGCAGGAGAAGUGAGUGAAGAUGUGCUUAUGCCAGAGAGGACUGAGAACAAAGAGCUGAUGGGAGGGUUGCGAGAAGAUGGCGUGAUGACUGAUGAUAUCAGUGACUACUCAAUGACAGACGAAAGGACGAUGACAGUGACCGAAAAAGACACUGUCAGGCCAGAAACGGAUAGGGACGAAGAAGCAAUGAAUGGAGACGAUGUCCAGCUCAGUAUAUCGGCUCAAGAAGUUAGCCAGCGAGCUGCAGCGCAAGAGGUGGUCACGAACAAUGACUGUAUGACGAUGAACCCGAAUGAGAUGGAUUGUGCAGGAGUAGAAGAGAUUCAAAAUGACAGUGCGAUGAUAGACGAGCCUGAUUCCAACAAGGAAAGUCCCGAGCAAGAGUCUGCAGAUGAAACAAUGACUGAAGGAAAAGGCCAGGAUCAGGUCAUGACUGACGACGACAGAGACAAUGAAAAUAAGGAGGAAAUCACAGAUGCUAUUGUAUCGGAAAAUAGUGGCGACAAACCAAGGAUGGAAGGCGAAAUAUCGAGUGAAUUCACGAUGACCCAGGAGAUCACGAAGCCUACUGCACAGGUGAGGGAUAGCUUGAUGGAUGUUUCCAUGCCGGAAAAGUGUAUGAAGAGCACUACUGUGGCAGACGACAAUGUAAAAGACGUCACCAAGAUGGACAAUAUGGAGAAAGCUGGGACAUCAGCAGAAGGUGGCGAUGAAAAUGUUACGAUGUGUCAAGAUAGCGCCUCCGUGGCUGACGAUGCUCCGAUGGUUGAAAUAGCCGGAAACAGUAGCAAGGAAGGUGGCUGCAAAUGUGUGGCAGAUGGAGAAGAACGGAGAGAAGCAUCUACUGUUGAAAACGAUGAUAUGAGGCCUGUCGUUCAGUCAUUGCUUUGUGCAAGAAACGCCCAACGGAGUGAAGAGCAGCAGAGAAGCGGAGCUUCAACUCUGAUGAUGGAUGACACUGGAACGAACCCAGAAAUCCGGGAAAAGAACACCACAGACGCUUGUACAAAUCGUCUGUCUGCCAUGAAGGAAACUGACGAUCAGUCAGAACCUAAGGAUGGUUCUCUGGAUGUCGAAAGUUCGUCACGUGUCGAUGGUGGUCAAAAGGCUUCAGAACGGGUCACAACAGGCGCGUCUCGCUUGAGGAUCGUUUCUCAGUCUGACAGCGAAUUUUCAGUAGAUUCUGCCUCCGACACGAAUAGCCUGGUAUCUAUGGCGUCUCUUCUAGGUAGUCCUGUCGUUGUCCUCUCUUCACUCGACAUACCAGCUUCUGGAAUUUGUUCUCCCCAAAAGACGCCGAAGAAAUCGAAGCGCAGUGCCUUCCGACUCAGCGCACGCAAGUACGAACGGUGGCGUAGAAAGGAAAGGACAGCUCGUGCCGGUCAUGUCUACGACGCGGAGUCUGCCAGAAGAGCUGCAAGUGACGCACGAAGUGACGACGACGACGUCUCGUUGUCUGGGGGCAGCGAGGGCUACUCAUCGAAAACAGAAUCGGAGCGGAGUCGGUACAGCUGGCGCUACACGCCCACUGUGGAUCUGGGCAUGGCGUGGCUGGCGCUGCCCUCUGGUCAGACUGAGAGCGAUGUGUGGCGCGCAGUGAGCGCAGCCGUCCUGGUGUCGCCGGAGGAAAGGGCUGCUGCUGACCGAGCCGAUGCUAAAGACGGCUCCGUGUGCGCCACGUCAACUCGCUCCUCCUCAACGGGGCGUUCAAAAGAUGACAACGCUGACACUCAGCAGAGAGAGAAAUCUGGUCGCCCACAUGCAAAAGUCUCUUCAAACGCUCCACCUGCGGCGAAGAAGCUCAGUUAUACGGAAAAGCUCCUAGCAAGGCUCGAUAUAGAUCUGGACCCCAUCGUCCUUGUGGAGAGACUUUCACUUCACACUCUGAGCAAGCCACAAAAACCUACCGGGGAUCUUUUCAAGUUGCGGCUCAGCAGAAACGCUAACAAACUGAGUUUGAGUCGCUCUCUGGCAGAGCGUGCAAAAACAUCGGGCAAGACGGACACAUCCAGCAGUCUGAGUGCCGCUGCGCGUAAAGCCAAAUCGAGCAUCACCCAGGCCAAGCGGAUCAUGAACAGUCCCACGAAGUCCGGGUUGAAACAUCCGCAGAUGAGGAUAACCAGCGUUAGUCCCACCAAGGCGACGAAGCUCAGCAGCAGUGCCAGCAAGGUCAGGCCGUCUGGUCGCAGUCCUGCGUCAGCUCGUAAGGUACCUCUGUCGAUCACUGUAUCUCCACAAAAGAGACCUGGUGCCGGUACCUCAUCACAGCCCAGUAAGAAAGCUCGCGUGAAAAUCACGCCCCUUCGACCGCUGUCCAAAGUGCAGCCCAAGGCUCCCAAUGUGACCAAGCCGAGCCCGUCUGCUAUCAGAAGGGACAAGAGUCAGCCCAAGCGUUCUGUGCAGAAGGGUGGGUCCGGUCAUGUCGAGGUGCUUCGCUGCCCUCACUCUAACCUGAUCUGGGAUGGGCACAAUUUUGUUCGUCCACCGUCGCCGGAACCGUCGGAGGCGGCAUCGAUCAUGGACAAGAGAAAACAGUCUGAGACCACGCCAGCAAACCAUGAAGAAAAGAGGCGUGUCACUGACCCAUCAGUGUCGGGUCAGAAGGACCUCGAUGGGUCCAUCCCAAGUGAUCCGCCGAGAGAUAAAGGUCUUCGACCAUCAGCUAAACAACGUCCACUCCUGACAGGUGUUAGAAACCCCAUCUAUAACCCAAGUCCGGUCGUGACACCUGAAGUAUCGUCGCCCGCCUUUGAGGCUGCUCAGCAUGUACCGCCACCGGCCAAUCCACCAUGGCAUGGAGGACUGGCGCAGAACAUUGGUUGGAUGGGGUCUCAAGACUGCGACGCGGCAGAAGAGGAGGUUGAUGUGAAACCGGUGCUGUGUUCUCCGGUGGGCUCAGCAGUGGACUCACCUAUGCGCUCACCCGUGCUGCCACUGCAGGUGGAGCUUACAGUGCCACCGUCUCCUCAGUCUUCUUCCGCCGGUCCCGCGGGCUCCUCCCUCCACCGCGAGGGAGCCGUUUCUCGAAAUUUGUUCACUGGCCCUGUCGACGGUCAGCAAGCGGCUUCUCACUCCCAGCAGCCGAAACCAGCUCACCCAUUGGUCUCGCAGCCGACGUCACGAUCACAGCCGCCACUGUUCGGUCGAGGAGCAGGUACCGCUGCUUUGCGACAGAGAAGCUACAGGCUAACUCGAUCCUCAGACGGCAGCCUGAUUGCUGUGCCGCUGCAGCCGGAUCAACUACUUCAGCCACAACCAUCGGUGAUUCCACCACCUCGUCCUCCUCUCCCUCCCCCGCCGCCGCCACCCCCUCCUCCGCCCUCACAAGCGCCUGCACUUCGACCCUCCAGCUCUUUGACGCCGCUCGUGGGAAAUCGAUUGCUUGUAGGGUCCAUUGAGGUGACGGUCGGUGCCGGUGAUCCGCCUGUGGUGGCUGUUCGUCGGAUUGGAAACCCCAGCAAACAACCACUCACCCCAGCAGAACUCAACAGUGUGCACAGCGCGCUGCAAAAUGCCUUGAAGGUCAGGGGGCUGAUCUCGUCGGAGAGCCGGUUGCAUGGACCGCAGUUGCUACGGCCUCAGAUGACAGGGCCGGCUGCUCCUGGCCCCGUGUAUGAGCAAAGUCUGCAGUUCCGUCAAAUAGAAGAGCAACGCCGGCGAGAGCUUCAGCAACUGCAAGAGUCCCUUCAAAAGCAGCUGCAUUCUAAGCCGCAGCAGAAACAAGGUCUGCAGGCGCAGCAACCGCAGCAGGUGCGGCAGGAGCAACAGCAACAGCAGCAGAAAGAUCAACCCGCUCGGCCUCCACCACAUCUACAUAGACAACCACCCCUGGUCGCUAUACCGUGGCACCACGGUUAUUCCGCCCGUUACGGCAAUGUCAAUGGGGGACAUACUGUAUCCAAGGUUCAGUUCCGCCCCAUCCUUCCCAACGUUUCCGCCACUUUGCCGUCUCAAGAUGCUCUUGUGGUGAGUAAUGCCCCUUCGAACAUGGCGUCCAGUAGCUGCACUUCACGUACUAACGCCGGCCCUCGAGUGGUCCAGUCAUCGGGGCAGUCACAGCCAGUGUCGCUUCAGCAGCAAGAGCGUCAGCCUGCAUCCGCAAGCGCAACCCAAACUACACCUCGACCGCGGCCACCAGCUCUGCCGAGAUGUUUCAGUCCAGUUUCAUACAUGGCAGCGGACAGCACCAGCGUCGAAGAAGCGAACUCGCGGUCCGUGCCAGCGGCAGUCAGUGCCGGCUCAGGGAAGUUGAGAUCACCACCAACUCAAACGACCGUGCGAAAGUCUACGGGAGAGCAGCAUCGUUCUCAGGCCACCACACCGUCUGGGAUCAAUGUGACUGGUGCCUCGUCAAGUGACGCUUCAACUCCUGAACCCGUGAUUGAUGAUGACUCAGACUGGGAGCCGGGUCACAGCACCAGUCCAAGUCGAACCAAGUCCAAACGGUCAGCCGAUCGCCUCAUUGGAGAUCCCAGGCAGUCUGAUCACACAUACUCUCCCGUUGUCAGGAAUCGAAAGCGUGUGGAAGUGAACAGUCGACCGCGACCCGCCUCUAAGAAGCCACAGAAGACCCAUUCCUCUGCAGGACACGGCCUAUCUGAUAUUACUUUGGAAUCGUUGCUAUGGCCUCGCUCGUCUCGGGUCCCGGAGGAACAGGAAGACAGCAUGCGCCAUCUAGCCUUCCUGUCCUGCAGCAGCGCAGACAACAGUGGCGACCUGUCUCCGCCUGAGCCAACCACUCCAAGACAACCUGAGCGAUCGUCCUCGUCCGGACUCUCCCACAGGAGCACAGGUGGUCCAGAACGUGCCAAAGGCAGUGGUGGCAACCGCAGCAAGUCUCCGACGUCGCCUGGUCGGCGCCCGCUGUCAUCUCCAGAACUGUUUGAACCUCUGAACGCUGAGGCGUCUUCCGACUCUGAUUCGGACGACGUACGGGUGGAGUCGCCUAUACCGCAGCGGUCCAGUGGUGCCAUAUCAUCAGCAUCGUCAAGGCCCUCUGACACCGCCGACGUCAAUCCCCCUAGGCUCAACCUCACUGUCGUAUCCGAUACUGCCAACGCACCUUGUCGCAUGAACAUCAGCGUAAACGCCAAUGCAUCAACUGCUAGUGCCAUCCGCAUUCGCCCUCCGCUCUCCAAUGAGCCAUCUGCUUUGUCACAAGCUUGGAGCUUCGGUGUCAGGUCACCCCGUAUGUCUCGUGAUCCUGGCAGCUCGCAGGUCACCAAUGGCAGACGGGGAUCGAAACAUUCACCGUCCGCUCGUCGGGUGGCCAGACGUGGCGGUGGUUCAGCCCGGAGCCGAAGCAAGACACGACCUACGCAGCAAGUGGAUACCUUUGGUACAGAGGUAUUGAUUCCUGUAAACAGUGGAACAUCGCAGCCCAGGGUGCGGACGGUAGUGCCAGACGCCGCGUCUGAGACUCACUCUAUCGGCAGUGAAAGGCUGGCUGCGCCUCGACCUACGCCGCCUGCCAGAUCAGCUAGGAGUGUGGGCACACCGGUCGUAGGAUGGAACUCGUCUUCUGGGGUACCCGUACUGUCGACGGGAACCGGGACAAGGCCAAGGGACGUAGCAAAUGCACGUUCAAAGGGACAUCGAACAGAUCGCGCUGCUUCCGUCCGCGCAAGUGCCAACACGUCACCUCGGGCCAGGAACAUGCCGACAGCUCGGAAACGUACUUACUCCUCGACAAACAGAUCAAGAGUCGCCAACAGUACACCCGACCCGCCAGUUCAACUGCGGAUAGCGGAAGUAACCUCAUUGGCCAGGACACCGCGUGAGGGAAGCGCUGCUGCUCGUGGAAGCACACCCGGAAAUGACAGUGCUCGCACCGUUGGAGUCACUGCUGCAGGCGGCGACAGCGAUGAUGACGAGAUCACAAUGGUGUUCGACAGCUCUCAGCGCCAGGUGGAAGUCAUUGAUUUGGACGAUUCCUCGGAUGAGGGGCAGGGAAUGGAAGCUGAGACUCCCGUUAGGGAUAGGUCAAGCAGCCAACAAGUACGUCCUGUUACCUCAGUUGCUCCGUGUGGUGCUGGUGCCAGCAUAUCCGAUGGUGGCACGCGGGGGCCUGGGAGUCCAGCGCGUAGCGCCCUGAGAGGCCGACCCGACCGUCCGUCCGAUAGUAGCUCUAGAACGGAAGGCAGCAAUAAAAAUGCGCGACAGACGGCUUCAUUACGAGCGGUUCGUCUGACCCGCAAGCGUGACAACUCAGAACCAAGUCAGCCGAGAAACAGCGCUUCGAACGAUACUCCGCGACGUGGUGCUGGAGAUGGGAACACUCAACGUCCCACGAUGAAUGACUUUUUCGAUGCACUUACCAUAGGUGCGGAUGAAGUUUUAGGGAGCGACGCGGGGGUGGGUUCGUCUCUGUCAUCGAUCACCCAGGAUGCUGCGAAUGGACAAACUUCAGCUGGAAGUGAAGCUUCUCGAAACCUCCCUUCUGCACCAGGCGCCACGUCAUCAUCGACUGAGGACAUGAUUGACGUGUUGAAAGCUGCUGCCAGGGAAUCUCUUGAGCCUUUGCGCGACGCGUCAGCUGCUAUACCACAAACACAGGAGUGGGAUGACGCAGAACCGGAUGUCCUCCCCUCUCAAGGGUACAAUGAUCCAGGUGUCAAUGCUAGCUCGCUUGCAGGCACGACCUGUAGUGCUACAGACCCCGAACAUCCAGCUGAAUCGAAGGGCGAAGGUGGCAGAAGGGACAGUCUCUCUUCGGAUGAUAGUUUACCGAGCCGAUUGGUCAUCUGCAGCCCCCCGUCGGGGCCGAAUUCAGGAGACCCUGAUCCAUCCUCGCCGAGAAGCGCAACGAGGGAUGACGACGACGCUGAUGAAUCCGCCUACCUGCCGAUUCGCAUGAGCUGCUUGUACGAUGGCGACGCGUCUCUAAAUGCCGACAGCUCGUCUCAGUCUGCGUCGCCUUUCAUUCGGGUUGAGUCUGGUCAGAAAAUUCCCAGGCCGACAUCGCCCGUCGAGCGGUCUGAUAAAGUGGACCAAGAAAACGUGGUGCUAUCCCCACCUGGUUCUGGACCCAGCGGACCAGGCUCGCCAGGGUUUGAUGACGACAUUCAGAAAACAGGGGAGUCUCUGUUCGACAUGGUUGAGGCCAUAGAACAAGACUCGUCCACGUCUGAGCAGCCGUGUCCAACUCACUUGCCUUCAGCCACAAAGCUUCCAAGCGGAUCAACGACAACAUCUCACGUAGCAGCAAACGCUGUUCCGCAGUCAGAGGAUAAUGGCUUGGGACCGAAGCUGAUGGAGCCAAGUUCUCCGCAAGCGGCUGAACUGUCCCCCAUGCUGGACGAGAAUCAUGUGCCCGAAUCAUCCGUUCGUGAGGGAGACGUCGUAGCGUCUGAGGCAGGCUCAUCGCCGACAGAACAUAGUGUGGAAAGGCAGGCUCAGCCUGGAACAUCCAUCCGGACGUCACUGCCCAGUCCUGUGACAGGGACUCGACCAGAACCCAGUAAAGAUUCGCCUGCGAAAACUUUGUCGCCCUGCUCUCCUAGAAAAGUCCAAACGUUUGACGACGCAGACAUGUUUGACGACAGCUUGGAAGCAUACUCGCUGUCCACCGUCAUUGACCAAACAGACGAUUCGAUGCCUCCACAAAAGAACCCUGGUACUGGCAUCCAUCAAAGAAGCCCGUCUCCGCCAAAAAGCACAGCGACAAAAGAGUUCGGCAAUGAACAAGAACACAACACUCCAAAAGAUGCGAGCUUGCCAAAAGCUGGGACUUUGAAUUAUAGCAAAGUGGACGCUGUGCCGAAGGACAUCUUUGCAUCAAGCAGAGUCGAUACAGCAUCACCACAGCAUGAUGAGACUGCAUCCUGUCUGCAAGCUGGAGCGGGGCUGGAUCAACUCCCAGUGAUUGAUACGGCGUCCGCGCGCUCUGAGAGUAUCAAUGAGACACUGAAGCUAUCACCUAGUAAGGUGACAUCAGGAGAAGGGCUUUCUCCGAAGUUCUUGAGCACUGUGACUGGCUCGGAUUCGCUACGACGGGUGUCUGAAACGGGGUCUGAUGCGCGUGUGGAUGAGAUUUCGUUGGAGUCGACAGUACAGUCUCUGGAAUGCUUUGAGGAGAUGCCACACAGCCCAUCUCCGCAAGCCUCAACAGAACAUGAUGGAACGCCACUGGUCGGUGGUGGUGGUGGAACUGAACCGGUGGUGUCAAAACCAGCAGGUGUAGUACCGGUCAUGGAUGCUUCAAGAGCUUGUCUCUCUGAUACCUCCACAAAAGCAACAGUUGGAGACACUGAUGUCAGUGAAUCGGAAGUCCAAAGCCACGCGAAUCUGGCUACUGGAAGCAUCCCCACCAAGCCGGAUUUUUGUGAAGCCCCACUGGUGUUAUCAGCUGGCGCGGAGACGCCGGCGUCUGCUGCUCACUCGAAUACGGCCCCCGCGAGGGACGGUGUGGCGGGCUCAGACGAUACACCAGUGGGGCUUCUGGAGGGCGGUACCACUACCGACCGUCAAGACCGGCCCGAUCGACCCAAUCGAAAUCCUAACAUCGCGACAUCAUGCGCAUACUCAGGCACUCGCUCUGGUAGAGUGUGCCUGCUGCUGCCUCCCCCGCCCACGGUCGACUCAGUGAUGGCAUCGCUGCGCUCCGAGGGCCUUCCAUCAGCACCCACACGCCCGGUCCUGGGCGUGGGUCGCGCUGACUCCUCUCUGCCACCGUUCGAGGGCGAGUUCCAGUCGAACGGGCUAUACCACUGGCGUGCGGUGGGCGCGGCGGCUGGCGCGGACGCCGCGGACGUCACGGCGCUCGUCUCGGCGCUGGGGGAGGGAGGCGGCGCCGCCCUGCUCGCCAGUCGCCACCGCUGCACUCUGACGCCAGCUCGCCCGCCGCCCAGUCGCGCGGCGGUGAUGGCCUGGCUCAGUGGACGACGUCCCCACCGGAGCGGGCCAAAGGCCGACUCUUCCGACUCCUCAGCCAGUGAGGACACCGACUCCGAGGACGACCACCAGAACGCCACCGAGCCCGGAGAGAAUCAGAGCACGACGGCGGGGCCCAGCAGCGCCAGCACUCCCCUCCCUGGGCCGGCUAGCUCCUCCGGCAGACCGCCCUCGGCGCUCGGACUGACGCCCGUCUGCGGAGAGCCGGCCGUGCGGCGGUCGGCCGCCUACGGCACGGUGACGUCCGUCCUCACACCGGUGCGUCCCAGGCCGACCAGACGGCGCCGCCUGGUGCCGCCGCUGCCCGGACCGACGGCGGGGGUGGGGAAUCCAGCGGGUGAUGGACGGAGGAGACUGGAGAGGGUGGCAGAGAUGGAGGAGGGAAGACAGGAAGCGGGGAGUGAAGAGCCGGGGAUUGGAGAAAUGUCAGCAAGCGCAGAUAGACCGGCGAGCGGAGAGACAGAGAAUGGAGGUAGGAGCGGAGAGGCGAAAAGUGGAGAAAGGUCAGCAAGUGGAGAAGCGGAGAGCGAAGAGCUGUCGGCGGUGACGGGCGGUAGCUCGUCUCAGGAGACCCGGUUCUCUGGCACCAGCGGCGGCCGGGACUCGCGCCUGGACAAGGACCCGGUCCCGGUGACCCCGGGCCGUGACCUGACCUCGCCUCUGCUGCCGUCGGCCGCUGGCCGGCACAUGACCUCGCCCCUAGAGCCGUCUCUGCUCAUCAGUCCCUCGUUCGGCCUGCCGAGGGCCAACAGCACAGACAACUCGUUCGGCUUCAAGAUGGACUCGGACAACCUACAGGAGGCACUCUGCUCCCACGAGUACCAGUACCUGACGUGCCUCAGUCUGGAGGUGCACGCGCUGACCCGCGCCGACCUGCGGCCGGACCCUGAACAUGACGCCCUGGUGGCGGUGUUCUACCACAUCACUGACGACGUGCCCGAAAAUUGGGUCCGACCCCGGGAGACCACCGGCUGCAUUGUGGUGGACGCGGCGUCUGUGGUUGCCGAGUCGGCCGGCAGUCGGCGCGACCUGUUCGGCUCGGCCGGCCUGGCCGGCGUUCAGGUGCGGUACGUGGCGGACGAACACUGCCUGCUGGACGCUGUGGUCGAGCUGGUGGCGGCCGCCGACCCCGACAUACUGCUCGGCUGGGAGGUGCAGCAGCUGUCCUGGGGGUACGUGCUGGAGCGGGCCGAGUGUCUGGGCCGGCCGCUGACGGCUGCCAUCUCCCGGCUGCCGCUCAGUGAACGGGCGUCCCGCGCGGCGGCCGAGUCCGACCUGUACGGCUCGGAGCACACCUCUGAGAUCCACCUGGCCGGCCGGAUCGUGCUGAACGUGUGGCGCCUGCUGCGGCCAGAGGUGGCGCUGUACAGCUACACGUUCGAGAACAUAGCGUACCACGUGCUGCACCAGCGGGUGCCCGAGGUCAGCUACCGUCAACUGACAGAGUGGUGGCGGCACCCGUCGCCCGUCAACAGGUGGCGUGUGGCCGAGUACUACACGGUACGCAGUCGCGGCACGCUCCAGAUCCUCUCCCGGCUGGACAUCAUCGGACGCACCGGCGAGCUGGCGCGCCUCUUUGGCAUCCAGUUCUUCGACGUUAUCUCGCGCGGAUCGCAGUUCCGCGUGGAGUCGAUGAUGCUGCGCCUGGCCAAGCCGCGCAACAUGGUGCCCGUGUCGCCGUCAGUGCAGCAGCGGGCCGCCGCCAGGGCGCCAGAAACCCUGCCGCUCAUACUGGAGCCAGAGUCCAAGAUGUACACGGACCCGGUGGUGGUGCUGGACUUCCAGAGUCUGUACCCGUCCAUGAUCAUCGCCUACAACUACUGCUUCUCCACCUGCCUGGGACGUGUCGAGCACCUCGGACAGCGCGGCGCGUUCCCGAUGGGCUGCACGGCGCUGCAGGUGCCGCCGGCCGAGCUGGCGCGCCUCCUGGAGCGGGACCAGGUGCACGUGUCGCCCAGUGGUGUGGCGUUCGUCACGCGCGACUGCCGGCGCGGACUGCUGCCCGAUAUGCUGGAGGAGAUUCUCAACACCAGGAUCAUGGUGAAGAAGGCGAUGAAGGCCAACAAGGAUCGGCCGGCGGUGCGGCGCGUGCUCGACUUUAAGCAGCUGGGUCUGAAGCUGAUCGCCAACGUCACGUACGGCUACACGUCGGCCAACUUCUCCGGACGGAUGCCCUGCAUCGAGGUCGGUGACAGCGUAGUGAGCAAGGGCCGCGAGACGCUGGAGCGAGCUAUACGCACCAUCGAGUCGCGGCCAGAGUGGGCCGCCCGGGUGGUCUACGGAGACACCGACUCGCUCUUCAUACUGCUCAAGGGCCGGAGUCGGUCGGAGGCGUUCCAACUCGGCGAAGAGAUGGCCGCAGCCGUCACCGCCGAAAACCCGGACCCCGUCAAACUGAAGUUCGAGAAGGUCUACCAGCCCUGCAUCCUACAGACCAAGAAGCGUUACGUGGGCUUCAUGUACGAGACUGCCGACCAGCAGGAGCCGGUGUACGACGCCAAGGGCAUCGAGACGGUACGCCGCGACGGCUGCCCGGCCGUGGCCAAGAUUCUGGAGAAGUCCCUGCGACUGCUGUUCACCAGUCACGAUAUGUCUGUGGUGCGCCGCUUCGUGACGCGCCAGUUCGAGAAGUUUCACCGGGACGCGGUCAGCACCACGGACCUGCUGUUCGCCAGAGAGUACCGCGGUCGGGCCAGCUACCAGCCGACCGCCUGUGUGCCCGCGCUCAGGAUCGCAGACCGGCUGCUGCGCGCCGACUGCCGCGCCGAGCCGCGCGUGGGCCAGCGCGUGCCGUACGCGGUGGUGUACGGCGCGCCGGGCCUGCCGCUGAUCGAGCUGGUGCGCACGCCGGCCGAGCUGCUGGCAGAGCCGUCGCUGCGCCUGAACGCCGAGUACUACGUGAGCCGCGCGGUGGCGCCGCCGCUGCAGCGCUGCCUCGGCCUGCUCGGGGUCGACGUGAUGUCCUGGUACGCGGCCGUGCCGCGCCGGCUGCGGCUGCCGCCGCCGCAGGCCGCCGCCGCCGCCGCCACCAUAUCGCGGUUCUUCGCCGGCCGCAGCUGCGCCGUGUGCGCGCGCGCCAGUGCCAAGCCGGUGUGUGCCGAGUGCGCGGCCCGGCCUCUGGAGACGGUCCUGGCGCUGCAGGGAACCGUGCGCCGCCGCGAGAGGACGGUGGCCGCCGUCAGAGAGGUGUGCGCCGGCUGCUGCGGUCUGCCGCCGGGGGCUCCCCCGGUCUGUGUCUCGGCCGACUGUCCGGUGCUGUGGAGUCGGACCAGCGCAGAGCGGGGCGCCCAGGCGGCGCCCCACCUCAGAGAGGUGCUCCAGACUCUGGUCGCCUAGCCGCCGCUCCAGAAUGGACUGGUAUGACCUCAACUGAAGGAACGGCGGGGGGCUAGUUACUGGUUAGUCUCCGGCGAGAGGGCGUCCAUGGCCUCCGCGUCUGGGCGCUCCCAAACCCGUCUGCGGGACAGCAGCGCGCUGACAUCAAGCCCGGAAAGUAGUACAUUUUGUCCAGCGCAACAUAUCAGCCAGGGAAAGUAGUAUCGCUCGUAUUGACCAAACCUGCUGAUGACGGAACGGCAUUUAAGUACGUUGAGAAAGAUUUCAGUCGUUCGGCUGCCGGGACGUAACGAUGUAAAAAGCGGGAAUUUGUUGCUGCUCAAUGUUUGUUGACACAAGUGCCAAGAGGUCACAUUUUGUGCACUGGUUUGAGCGGACGGUAGGGUAAUGUAGAUUUUUAUGAUCUCAUCAUUUUUAUCUUUGUAGGCCAGCUGCGGCCACUCAGGCUUUAUGUUGGUUGUGUAUGAUGUAGGCGUUGCACGACCCUUUGCCCCGCACACAGGGCGUUGGGACAUUGUGCUUUCGGAAGCUGAUGCUUCGCCAACCACUGGCGCUGAGAGACCAAAGGACCGCACGAACGUGCUGCCUCCAACGUACAAAGGCUGUUUUGUGUGGCUGGUGACGCGCGAGCUGGGUUUAGUGAACUUGUGUGUUGAAACAGAAGCACUUGAUUUGUUGGCACCGAAUGUCUCCGUAGCGCGUGUAUAGUCAGGUCUUGUGUUCUCUGUGUGUGUGUACAUUUGUGUGUUUGUCGAGUACUCGUGGGCGUUGGGCGUGUGUUUGGUGUGGUAUCAUCAGUGUAUCAUUAUCAUCACAAGUUGCCAUUUGUGCUGUUAAACUGGGAACCAAAUACAGAAAUGUGUGAUUACCAUUCAGCUA